AUAUAUAUAUAUAUGUCGGAGAUGAGAAUAGCUGGGUUCUUCCCAAGGGAUGGGAAAAUCCUAAGCACUUUUAGUUUAUAGCUAGAAAAUAAAACUUAGAAUUUUAAUUUUUACGACUUAAUCCGCUAAGGAAAUUUUAGUUAAACUUUCCUUAAGUCUUUUAUGACGGUAGGCUCGGGUUCGAAAGAUCACAUCUGCGGGUCUAACGUAGCCACGGUCAAGGGACAGCAAUACCCAAGUGUACAUCUUCGGAAUGUACAAUUGCAAAACGUAGCUUGUACAUUUUUUCAGAAUAAUUACCUGAAGGAGCUACGGAUUGAAAAAUAAGUUUUGAGAAGAGGCAGUUCUCUCUGAACAGUGAGCGAUAACUGAUUGCUGUCCUUCUGACCGUGGAUUCGUUCUCUUAUCCAAGUCUGUCGUCAUUUUAUUAUUUCUAACGUUUAACAUUAACGAUAUCUUAUUUGUUAAUAUUGUUCAUAUUGCUAGUUCAGUGUAUUAAAUAAAUUAUAAUUGUUAAUAAUUAAAUAAUAAUAUUAAAUUAUACUUUUAGUGUAGUGACUAGAUAACAUUGUGUGUGUAUGUGUGUGUGUGUGCUACGCUUAAGUAAAACAUUGUUACAAGAAACUAUAAUUGUGUAUUAAUAAAGUUGUACGAUAUUUGUGUCAUCUAGAUAUUGUGAUUAAAUAAUAAAAUGUCUCAAGAUAAUAAUAAUAGUAUGCGCCCUUCUCAACCCAACGCUAAUCCGACAUCAGAAGUGGGAUCGACGCCGAGUAUAUCAAUGCAAGAGCAUAUGGCUAUUUUACGUGAGCUGAUUCAAUCAAUUGCCCAAAAACCUGACACAAAUUCCAGGAAGUUUACACUACCACGUUUUAACCCAGAAACCUCUGGCUCUGAUCCGGCUGCAUGGAGUUCAGCUGUUAGCAUUAUGAUGGAAGAAAAUCCAUUGCAAGGCAGUGCACUAUUUUCCGCGCUUAGUAGCGCCUUAGAGGGUUCCGCUGCACAGUGGUUGACUCAAAUUAUGGUUGGAGGAACUAUUACUUGGUCUCGAUUCAAGGAACUUUUUAUUUCCCGUUUUGGUGGAAGAGAAACCGCAGCUUCUGCCCUUAUGAAGAUUUUUAACGAACAACCGUUAAAAGACGAGACAACUGGAGCUUUUGGGAUUCGUUUACGCUCUCUUCUCAAGGCGAGGUGGGAAAAUUUGAGUAUGGCGGAGAUUAUCAACGGCGCUGUUCUCUAUCGAUUAACAUCGCAAGAUCACCGGGUCGAACGCACAGCGCUUACGAGUGAGGAAAAACGGAAGACCAAU